UUAAGGUAAGGGAGACUACUCUUAAUAACAUUUUCUGCAUUGAUAGGAAACGGUUCCUUGUGUUAUAUUUACAGUUUAUCAAGCGCAGGGUCGCAAGAUCAAGACCCAACUAGGUGCCAGUUGAUUGUUUACCUUAACACCAUGACUGAUAUCAAGCAGUUCUUGUAUGCAUGGUGUGGUAAGAAUAAAGUGACGCCAAACUACGAGUUCAGUCAGACUGGAGCAAAGCAUAGGCCAAGAUUUAAAUGUGAGGUUCAGGUUGCAGGGUUCGACUACCUAGGUGUUGGUAACUCCACCAAUAAGAAGGAUGCACAGGCAAACUCCGCUCGUGAUAUGGUCAAUUAUCUCGUGCGACUUGGUCAUAUCAAACAGAGCGAGGUCCCAGGCAUGCAACCAUCGGAGAUGGGAGAAGGAGAUGGUGACAGUGCAUCUGGUUUUGCCCAGCUGCCAGGAGUUCAGGCCCCUCACCAGAAACUAGGAGCCCAGGAUGAGCCAUCCUUUGACGAUGUCCCACAAAGAGAUCUCCCACCUUAUGAAAGAGGUCCACCUUUAAGUUACAUGGAGAAAAUAGCAAUGAAAAGACAACUUGAGGAGUCAGAAGAUGUGGACUUUAAUGCUGACAUUCAUGGUAAUUGGACACUGGAGAAUGCCAAGUCCCGCCUCCAUCAGUUCUUACAGACCAAUAAGAUACAAACCGACUACUCCUACAAGAUGGUUGGGCCGGACCACAAUAGGAGCUUCAUUGCCGAGAUGAAAUUCUUCGUCAACAAAUUGAAAACUUAUAUUUCCGCUCGAGAACAUGGUUCGAACAAGCAAGUGGCGUCCAAGUCUUGUGCGCUUUCUCUAGUCAGGCAGCUGUACCACAGGGGCGUGAUUGAGGCAUACACAGGCCAGGUCAAGAAAAAGGAGGCUGACAGGCGGUUUUUGGUUUUCUUUAUUUUUCAGGAACCUAACCAGGAUGGUACUGUGUCUCUGAUAAACAAAACCCUGCUGGACGAGUUUGAGCCCGGGAUCAAACGUCCAGGUGGUUGCGUACCAUGGGCACCGCCACAACAAAACUGGAACCCCUGGUCGAAUUGUAACAUUGAUGAAGGCCCGCUGGCAUUCUCCACUCUAGAAAGCAUCAGUGAGGACCUAUACAACUCCUUGGAGAACCAGAAAGCCAACGAUUCUAUGCUCCAAAAGAUGCUGGACGAACGUUCACACUUACCAGUGUAUAAAUCAACAGAGCAUAUUCUUCACGCCAUCAACAACAACCCUGUAACAAUUAUCAGAGGGGAAACUGGUUGCGGUAAAACUACACAGGUUCCACAGUUUAUAUUAGAACAGAUGAUUCAAACUGGGCAAGGUGCUAACUGUAACAUUAUCAUUACACAGCCUCGUAGAAUUAGUGCAAUUUCAAUAGCUGAGAGAGUAGCCAAUGAGAGAGCAGAAGGGCUGGGUUCCAGUGUAGGUUACAGUGUACGGUUUGAAACUGUGAUGCCCAGGCCGUAUGGCGCAAUAAUGUACUGUACAGUAGGAACAUUUUUGAGAAGAUUAGAGAAUGGCCUUAGAGGAGUGUCACAUGUGAUUGUUGAUGAAAUACAUGAGAGAGAUCUUAAUACUGAUUUUCUGUUAGUGUUGCUCAGAGACAUGGUGAAUGCGUUCCCUGACCUUCGUGUAGUUCUGAUGUCGGCUACCGUGGAUACGACCUUAUUUACGGACUACUUCGGUAACUGUCAAGUGGUAGAAGUCUACGGCAGGACAUACCCUGUUCAAGAAUAUUACCUAGAGGACUGUAUACAGAUGUUAAACUUUAUACCGCCACCAAAUGAUAGAAAGAAGAAAAGAGACAGGGAUGAAGAAGAUGAGACUGGGGACAGUGAGGACAACAUGAAUCUUGUGAUUUCCAAUGAGUACAGUGAGCACACAAAACGUGCUAUGGCAAUGAUCAGCGAGAAGGAAACAUCAUUUGAACUUAUUGAGGCGUUGAUAAAAUAUAUAAAGACCCUGGAGGUAGAAGGAGCCAUCCUUGUCUUUCUGCCCGGCUGGAAUCUCAUCUUUGCUCUCCAUAAACAUCUAGAAAUGCAUCCUGAAUUCGGUGGGAGAAACUUCCGGCUGCUACCUUUACACUCGCAAAUCCCGAGAGAAGACCAGAAACGUGUGUUUGAUCCAGUCCCACAAGGUGUUACUAAGAUUAUCUUGUCUACAAAUAUCGCUGAAACAAGUAUUACCAUCAAUGAUGUUGCUUUUGUUAUCGAUUCUUGCAAAGCUAAAAUGAAGCUGUUCACAUCCCAUAACAACAUGACCAACUAUGCAACAGUUUGGGCGUCAAAAACUAACCUGGAACAGAGGCGGGGUAGAGCAGGGCGUGUCAGGGAGGGAUUUGCCUUCCAUCUGUGCUCAAGGGCGAGGUUUGACAAGCUGGACCAGCACACCACCCCAGAGAUUUAUCGUACACCUCUCCACGAGUUGGCCCUAUCCAUCAAGCUACUCAGACUGGGCUCAAUCUCGGGCUUCCUUGCCAAGGCAGUUGAACCACCACCUAUAGAUGCUGUAAUAGAAGCAGAAGCUCUUCUGAAAGAGAUGCGUGCUUUAGAUGCAAAUGAUGAGUUAACUCCCCUUGGAAGAAUUUUAGCUCGACUGCCUAUAGAACCAAGACUUGGAAAAAUGAUCAUUUAUGGGUGUAUUUUCUUUGUUGGUGAUGCUGCUUGUACCAUAGCAGCCAGCACAACCUUUCCUGAACCGUUUAUAACACCCUCUGACAGAAGGCGACUUGGCUGGGCCCACAAGAGUUUGGCUGGUAACCGGCACAGUGACCAUGUUGCUCUACUCAAUGCAUUCCAGCAGUGGCAGGAAGCUAGGGAAGGAGGUGAGCAGAGUGAGGGCUAUUUCUGCGAGACCAAAUCUUUAUCGAUGCCCACGUUACGCAUGACGAGUGAAGCAACAAAUCAAAUACGGGACAUUCUCAUUAAUGCAGAUUUCCCUGAGGAAUGUCUUAUGCCACAGAUGUUUAAUUAUAACGGACCAGACAACAAGAUGGAUGUGGUGAUCACAUUGCUUGCUAUGGGCUUAUAUCCAAAUGUUUGUUACCACAAAGAGAAGAGAAAAGUUCUCACGACGGAGAGCAAGGCGGCCCUUGUACAUAAAUCAUCGGUUAACUGUAGCAACAGAGAAAUCAAGUUCCCAUCGCCAUACUUCAUCUUUGGUGAAAAGAUUCGUACAAGAGCCGUGUCAUGUAAACAAAUGACGAUGGUUUCCCCGUUACAACUUCUCCUCUUCUCCGGACGUAACGUAUCACUGAUUGACGGCCUUAUUGUCAUUGAUGGCUGGAUUAACUUGAAGAUUGAUCCACAAGUAGCUGUGAAGAUUUUAUCUCUACGCCCGGCCCUGGAGGCAAUGAUAGUUCGGGCAACACAGAAUCCUGAGAGUAUACAGAACCCAGACCCACAAGAAGAGCAGCUGAUGAAUGUAGUACGUGCUUUAUCCCGACCAAAUGCUGGCAGGUUUGGCCUGCAGGAUGAUAGUCAAGGACAUAUGGGAGGACCGCCAAACAAGUUUCCAAGGAUGGGUGGAGGGUUUAGUAGAGGUGGUAGUUUUGAAGGUGGGAGAGGUGGAUUCCGUGGUGGGCGUGGUGGAUAUGACAGAGGUGGUUUCCGUGGUGGUAACCGAGGAGGUGGAGGCUUUGGUAGCCCUCAUAGGGGAGGAGGCGGAUUCAGGGGCGGAUUUAGAGGAGGCCCAUCAAGGGGUGGUGGUGGUUUCAGGGGAGGCUUCAGAGGGGGAUAUUAACAAAAUAUUGAUAUUUUAUUUUCAUCAAUGAUAAGAAGAAUGUAUGAUAUUGAAUGGGCUUCUGUGAUCAUUAGGAACAUUUUAACAUCAAAAUAGAAGUACAAGGAAUAAAAAUGGAAACUUUCAAUGUUUUAUAAACAUUUGAUAAGUGAGUGACUUGAGUACUGGACAUUUAAUAAACAAUUUGCUACUUUUUUGGUUUCUUCAAGAGGGAAACAUCUUGUCAAUUUAUUGUUGUCUCUUUUGUCUCAUGCAAAACAAUGUUGUGAGAUUUUAAUCUGUGUUGUAAUAAUGCUUUUUAGAAAAGUUAUAAAUUUACAUGUAUUAAAAGAAUAAUAAUAUUAAGAACUGUGUAAGAGAACAUUGAAGUAUAUUUUAGCAUACCUGAGACCUGUAUGGUAACAUUGAUAACUCUUUACAUAACAGGUGAUGCUAUGGAAACAGUCUUGCCAGAUGGGCAGAUCAGUCUCUAAGUAUAUUUCAUACAGUACUGCUUUGAUUUGUAUAUUAAUAAUGUAAGUCCUACGUCUCAAAUAUAAAGUCACGGUCAACCUGUACAUCCUAUGCAGUCUGAAAUAGAAUCUAUUACUAUUGGCUGCGCACUUCUUUAUUUUGAUGUGUUGACAUCCCUGAAAGUACAAUUGGUUCAUUUAAAAUUUAUAGCAGGAUGAGUUCAUUCAAAAUGGUCGCGUCCAUGGACGAGUGGUAAGGGUCUUGAUUUCAAACCACUUGUAGGUCGAGCCUCGCAAUCGUCUUCGGAUACAUCUUUGUGAAAAUGCUAUCCAGCUAGGUUACGGAAGGUCAGUGGUUUUACUCGGGUGCCCGUUUGUACCUGAAAUAAUGCAAGAGGAGCACCUGCGCUCUCUCUCCAAUUGUAAAUUGGAAAGUUACCAUUUGACCUAUGCAUAUGUAUAAAAAAUACAGUAAAAUCUGUAUUGAAGAAGAUAUGCACAAUGUAAACUGUGUAGAAAAAUACAGUGGGACACUUCAAAUAAAUAAACCAGCUAAGACUUAAGAUUUUUACCAGUUUCAAAUUUGUGUAUAAAACUGUGUUCCUACAUUCUUUUAAGAAAAAUGAAAAUCUCUGUAUUUUUUUCAUGUAGCAGCUUCUAUAACUAAUAAGGUGCAUUGUACUUGUAAAUUUUCUUUAUUUCUAAACGCUUUACAUGUGUUUAAAAUAAACCAUUUU